AUGACUCUUUGGCCACUCAAGAAGCACACGCAUGUGUACUCAAGAAGCCUAGUCGGUGUUUUGGCAGUGCUAGCUGCACGUAUUGUCCCGUUUCUCGUCAGCUACUCCAGUGAAUGCAAGAGAGGGACACGAUGUCAUUCAGAGGGACCCGGACAAGCUGGAGAGGUGGUCUCAGAUGAAGCUCAUGAGGUUCAACAAGGACAUUUAUCCAUUUACAGGUUCACACUUGCAAACGAGUCCUCUCGGGAUCGGAGCGCCCCUAUAAGAGUGGACGGAGCUCUGCGGUCACUAUCACCUCUCCACCAUGAACCAGACCGAACUCACUUCCGCAGCGACCAAGCCCCACAUCUGCUGCCCGCCCCCUCCUCGUGCCCCAACCUUGCUCGGCAGUACCCCGCUGCUGGUCAGAGCCGAGCCCCGACGAAGUGGUACACGGCCGAGCCGGCCCGCGGACAGCGAGCCCUGCACGGCGGAACGAGGUCGAGACAGUUCUCGGGGUCCCAGCGACACAUCCCCGACGGAGCCAGCCUCCGACAGCGGUUGGCUGAGCGCCGACGAGUCCUCUGGCUACGAGAGCGAGAGCGCGGGCGGGGACCGCUCCGCCGCAGCGGCGGACGGGACCCGCGGGCGGCAGCGACGGGCACGGACUGCUUUCACCUCGGAGCAGGUCUGCCGGCUGGAGAAGACCUUUCAACGGCAGAAAUACUUGGGGGGCUCGGAACGGAGGAAGCUGGCGGAUGCCUUGCAUCUCUCAGAGGUCCAGAUCAAGACAUGGUUCCAGAACCGGAGGAUGAAACUGAAGAGGCAGAUACAGGACAACCAGCGCAGCCUCGUAUCUCCUACUCCGUUCUACAGCUAUCCUCCGGGAACCGCACCAGUUUUGUUUCAAGAUGGUCUUCACUACUCCUUUGCUCCACAGCACCAGGCACUUGUGCCUUUUACCCCGAUGCCUGCAGUGCAGUUCAGCUUCGCCUUUCCCAGAUACGAUGCAUUGCAAAGCACCUAUCGGUUUACGGCAAAUGACCAGCCGUAUUACCAUCAACGCUUUCUUCCUCAUCCCUCUGCCCAAACAGUAGUUCAGAAUAAAACGGACAAGCAGUGUCACCCAGUAUAUGCA